ACACACACAAACACACACCAGGUAAACAAAUUAACUUCUUAUACAGUGGUGGCCAAAAUGAUCAGAACACUAGUAUUUUCAGCAGCUAAAGAAUGGUUUUAAGGCAGUUAUUUCUAUCUUUUGCUGUAGUGUGUCAGUAGGAAAUAUCAGUUUACGUUUCCAAACAUUCAUUUUGCCAUUAAUUGUAAUUGAUGUCUCCAAGACGCUUCAAGAAAGCUACCUGCAAAGCUACAGUACUGUUAAAGGUUUUAGGCACUUGUGUAAAAAUGCUGUAAAAUGAGGAUGCUGUCAAAAAUAAUGUCAUAAAUAGAUUUUCUUGAUCAAUUAACUUCUGUUAACUAAAUGAAAACCUUGCACCAAAACAUUGAUCAUGUUUAAAAAAGGUGAAAUUCUCAAUAAAACACCAGAUCAUUUAAUAGUAAAUAAAAGUAAAUGGAGCACCAUUGUUCUGAAUAUUAUAAUUAAUUUGGGGAAUUAUGGGAGUCAAGUCGAAUUCCUUGAGUGUCAAGGGUUAGGAAUGUAACCAUCAUUCAAGGAGCCAUUUUGUUAAUAUUUUGGACAGGAAAUUAUAUCACGGAGAAGGACCUCUGGUGAUACUAACUGCUGCAUGCAAAGGAGAUAAAUGUGAAAUAAUUUGACAUUUUUAGGGUAUGGUCAGGUAUUCUUAGGUAUAGGUAUGUCAAAUGGUAUGACCUCAGAAAUACAUUGAUAAUUCAUCAUUAUUAUGAAAAUGAAUAUUAACUUUAAAAAUGACAUUUGAAAUAUUCCCACCAAGGCCAUGUACUUACAUAGGUGUCCAUGAUAAUGCCGGUCAAAUUUCAUUUUAAAUGGAAACGUCAAGUGAUGUAACCAGUUACACCAUUUGACUCCUAUUACAAGCCUGUCUGUUAGGGGCCAAUUUAGUCAAAUAUCACUAGUUUAUGAUGCUGAUUACAGAUAAAUAAAUAAAUAACCUACAAUUUUCAACUAUUUUCAAGUGUUAAAUAUUAUAUUUUUUGAGAAAAUGGUUCUUUCUCUACAACUUUAUUAUUAAAGCUCUGUAAGUCUAGAAUAAAAUAAUUAUAUUGUACAACAUUAGUGUUUUUGAAGGCUAGCUUUAAUGCAUAUUUCUAUUCCAUUCACUUAAAUUUUAAAGGGACAGUUCACCCAAGAAUGUAAAUUACCACCUGAUUUACUCGCCUUCAAGCCAUUCAAGGUGCAUAUGACUGUCUUCUUUCAGACGAAUCCAAUCAGCAUUAUAUUAAAAAACAUGUUCUGGCUCUUCCAAGCAUUAUAAUGGCAGUGAAUGGGUGAUAUUCAAUAGUCCAAUAGAAGUCCAAUAAACUGCAUCCAUCCAUCAUAAAAAAGUGCUCCAGACGGAUAUUUUUUCUUACAAAAGUGCAUUGAUUUGCUUCAGGAGCAAAUAUUUAAUAUUUCUCACUCUUUGGCGGUUACACCAUUUGACAUUUUCAUACAUUCAGUCUUAACUUUUGUAAAAAAUGGUACAUAUGUCAUUUUUAACUACCUAAAAUCAACAUAAACACGCUGUGUACAUUUUAAAAUACCUGAUGCAUGCUUUUAAAACAAGUUUUUAAAAUAUUUUUGAAUUUCUCAUCUUGCCAACCCCUUUUUGUCAGUGACCCAUGAACGCGUGAACCAGGACUGACGGUUCAGCUUGGGAUGUGAUUAUAUGAUUCAACAUUAACAGUGAGCUCUGAAAUUAAAACACAAAUUGUGGGCUCUUCAAACAGAGGCGUGUCAGAUAUCUUCACAGCAAGUGCUCAUGGGCUUGCGCUCGCUGACAUCACGGUCACAUGACAUCACUCAUCUGCGGCCCUACCUUCUUCACUUUGGCUUGCUCGGUUUUGGAGUCCUUCUCUGCCUUUUUGGCCAGCCGCUCCAGCUGCUUCGACGUGAACUGCUGCGCACUGACGUCCCCGUGACGUCACGCGCUGCUUCUUCUUCGUUGGCGGAUUGCAUUCUGGAGGCGUCACUACCGCCAUCUUCUGGAGCUAGUGAACCUCCACAUUCUCCAGUGACCACACGGUGCGAGCAUCUAUUACUUUGUCCACUCCUGCCACAUUAAGCUUCAUACAGCAGUCCAGCAGGCGGCGCUAGUGUGCGAAUCCCCAUCAGCGGCGGAGAGAAGAAGGCGCUGCGGGAGAAGGGCACAGCGAUGGCGGCCUCCAUCAGACUCGGGCGGAGGGGCGUCUGCAUCGCUCUGAGAGCCAUAAAACACAACAAUCUGACCGUUCAGAACAGACUAAUACCGCAGAGCAAGCGUCCGUGGACAGCGGGCCGGACCGGAAGCGGCUUCAGACACUUCUUCCUGUCGCCGUCGGUCUGCGGGGUCGCUCCGCUCAAGGUGGAGAUGCCGGCGCUCUCGCCCACCAUGGAGGAGGGAAACCUUGUCAAAUGGCUGAAGAAGGAAGGUGAUGAAGUGGCCGCCGGUGAUGCUCUCUGUGAGAUUGAGACAGAUAAAGCUGUGGUGGUCAUGGAGUCCAAUGAAGAUGGAGUCCUUGCUAAAAUACUCGUGCAGGAGGGCAGUCGAGGUGUGCGCUUGGGGACGCUCAUAGCACUGAUGGUCAGUGAAGGUGAAGACUGGAAACAGGUGGAGAUUCCAGCGCUGGAGCCCGUAACACCCACGGCGGCCGCCCACCGCAGCCCGCCCACUGCUGCUCCGCCCACUGCUGCUGACCCCGCCCCUCCUCCGACCACGACACCUUCAGCACUCAAACAGUUGCGCUUGAGUCCAGCUGCAAGACACAUUUUGAACACUCAUGGUUUGGAUCCUCACCUGGCGAAAGCUACAGGUCCACGCGGCCUCAUCACUAAAGAAGACGCUAUGAAGCUGUUGGGUCAGAGAGGUGAGGGCCGUCCCGCUCCAGCCCCGCUCACAGUCUCCGCUCCAGCCGUCGCCCCGAGCUCCGGACGCCCCUCAUUCCCACCCGUCUCCGUGCCCGGAAAACCUGGAGCGCCGGGCACGUUCACUGAGAUCCCGGCCUCUAAUGUGAGGAGAGUCAUUGCUCAGAGACUGACGCAGUCCAAGACCACCAUACCUCACGCGUACGCUUCGGUGGACUGUGACCUCGGGGCCGUCAUGAAGCUCCGCAAGCAGCUGGCCGCAGAGAACAUCAAGGUGUCAGUCAAUGAUUUCAUCAUCAAGGCGGCUGCCGUCUCACUCAGAGAGAUGCCGGAGGUGAAUGUGAUGUGGUCCGGAGACGGGCCGCAGCCUCUGGACUCCAUCCACAUCUCGGUCGCUGUGGCAACGCCCCGCGGCCUCAUCACGCCCAUCAUCAGAGACGCUGCUAACAAAGGGCUGCAGGAGAUCGCUGCCACCGCAAAGGCUCUGGCGCAGAAAGCUCGGGACGGGAAGCUCUUACCUGAGGAGUAUCAGGGAGGAUCCUUCAGUAUCUCUAACCUGGGGAUGUUUGGUAUCAGUGAGUUCAGUGCGGUCAUCAAUCCUCCUCAAGCCUGCAUCUUAGCCGUGGGCAGCACCAGGGCUGAACUGAGCUUGGCCCCCCAGGACCCAGACGGCCCCGUUCUCCGCACUCAGCAGCUAAUGACCGUGACUUUGUCCAGCGACGGCCGCCUGGUGGAUGACGAACUCGCCUCACGCUUUCUGGAAAAAUUUCGUACAAACCUAGAACAGCCUCAGCGUGCGAGUCUGUCAUAGAGAGAGGAUGAAGUGCUGGGACUCAAUGUUAUGGGGCUUCUCUUAUAUGUGCUAUUUAUUCAUUAAGAUGUACAUAGAUAUGUACAUAGACAAGCAACUCAAGGUCAGAGAAACACUUCGAAGACCUAGGUCAAUUAAUAAUAUGAUUUGCAGCACUUCUGCAAUAAAGGGAAUGGACUGUUCUGGUUAUUUUGCGAGUGAGAAGCGUUCAGUGUACUGCGUGAAAGUAAACCUACUGAUAAUCACGUUAAAGCACCUUUAUAGUAGACAAUAUCUGUCAACUUAAGUAUCAAACCAUUGAACCAAGCCAUUAAAUCAUGUAAGGACACUAUAUUUUGGAUUGCCAAAUAAUCCAAUAAACUCAUGUCUUCUGCUCUACUGUA